AAGUCCAGUAAAGAUCAUCACAGCAGACCAGACGGCCUCCUAACAGCUCUCAUACAGGACUGCAGCAGGACUUUAAACAUUUGUUCAGGAUGAACAGAAAUCCACAGGAGGAAAUUGAGGAAAUCGAAGAAGAAGAUAACAAUGUUAAUGCUCCAGCCUGGACUGUGAAUAAAGUGGCAGCCCCUCCAGAGGAAAUCAAAGAAGCUGACUAUGUUAAUGCUCCAGCAUGCACUGUGGAUAAAGUAGCAGCCCCUCCAGAGGAAAUCAAAGAAGCUGACUAUGUUAAUGCACCAGCAUGCACUGUGGAUAAAGUAGCAGCCCCUCCAGAGGAAAUCAUAGAAGAAGCUAGCUAUGUUAAUGUACCAGCAUGCACUGUGGAUAAAGUGACAGCCCCUCCACACCAGAGGUCUCUCUUCUUCACUCAGUCUUUUCCACUGAUAGCAGUGUGUUGGCUGAUACUGUUAGUCAUCAUGGGCCUUCGUAUCCACUGUGAUACUGUCUUAGAAAGUAAGAUCGCAAACCUGACUGCAGACGUCCAGAACCUGACAACACAAAACCUGCAGCUGAACUCACGAAACCAGGAGCUGGAGACACAGAGGAAGAACUUAACAGAACGAAUACAAGACAUGGAGACAACCUGGAAUAAACUCAACGUCAGUCGAGCUCAGUGGACCAUUGAUGCCUACUGCCCCAAAACAAAUAACGUGAGACAGUGUAAACCUUGUCAGAAUGGCUGGAAACGCACAGAGUCUAACUGCUAUGCGUAUAAUAACGCUGAACCUCCUAAUCAGAAAACCUGGGAAGAAGCUCAACAAGACUGCAGAGGAAAGAGUUCAGAUUUGGCUGUUGUACAUAGUCAAGACGAACAGACUGCUCUCAAUAAAUACAGCGUGGGUAGUUCAGGAACUAAUGGAUACUGGUUUGGCCUGAGAGCUGAAGGUGGGAGAUGGAAGUGGAUUGAUGGAAGUAAUCUGACUGAAAGCUACUGGACACCACAACCUCCUCCUACUGCUACUGAUGGUCAGUGUGGAAUGUCUGUCCAGAACGUAGGAUGGAGAUCAGUGAACUGUACUGAGAAAAAACAAUGGAUCUGCGAAAUGAAGGAUUGAUCUCUUUAAACACUGCAGUCAGACUCUGCAUGAUAAUAUCAACUGGCUUAUAAAUAUCAAACUGUAAAGUCUUCUACUUCACAAUUUAAAUGUUUUUUUUUUGUUUGUUUUUCUAAUAAAAAGGAACAGGGGUUUUAUUUUUUAUUAAAAAAAAACAAAUUCAAUAUUUACAGUGAAUUAUUUUGUAAAGCCGUUUGUGUGUCUCAGAAUAAAAACAGACACUUAGAUUUGAAUACAUUUAGAUAUUUGAUUAUAUAGGUAUGCUAAUGUAAGUCUGUGAAACAUACAGUGACUAGACUGAAGGGGCACUGUUAUCAUUGAUACCUGUUGAAUGAGCUUUUGUUCUGCUUUGUUAGAGAUGUGAUGAUUAUAAUUUGUAUAUCAGCAGAUUGAUGACAGGGACAGACAGACUGCUCAGUCUCCUGUUUCCUAUGUAUCAUUAACAUAUAUUGUUGCUACUCAUUGGCCAAAAUGGGGGCACUGCAUCACUUGUUCUCAACAGAAUGUCCUCAGAGCUUUUUUCUUCAGCAUGUUAGGAAUAUUAAAGUGUAAAAUGUUUUCUAUUUAUCUAUCUAGAAGCAAAUUCAUGUUUUAUUACAUUGAAUAAAAACGUUGUGACACA